GGGGCCAGCGCGGCCGGCUGCGGCGGCGCUGCGGGCGCCCAGCUCCGGGACUGCGCGGGGGAGCGCGGCGGCCGCCGGCAGGGGCGCAGCUGCUGGGGGCUCCGGCCGCCGCCCCCCGCCGCCGCGAUGAGCGCCGUGUCGGAGCCCCCUGCGGCCCCCGGCCCCCUGGACCCCCCUGGCGGUGCGGCCAUCCUGUGCCACACGUGUGGGGACCCCUGCCACGGCGAGGUGCUGCGGGUGCAGAGCAGGUACUUCCAUGUCCACUGCUUCGUGUGCAAAGCUUGCGGCUGCAGUCUGGCGGCAGGCGGCUUCUUCGUGCGCGGUGGCGAGCACGUGUGCGCCCGCGACUACCGGAGGCUGUACGGGGCACGUUGCCUGGGCUGCGGCAGCGCCAUAGAGGGCGAGGUGGUGUCGGCGCUCGGCAGGACCUUCCACCCCGGCUGCUUCGUGUGCGCCGUCUGCCGGCUGCCCUUCCCGCCGGGGGACCGAGUGACCUUCAACGGGAAGGAGUGUGUGUGUCAGAAGUGCACCCUGCCCAUGGCGGCCACUGGGGGGUCCCUGUCCCCGGGGCUGUGGAGCUGCGGUGGCUGUGGCCUGGAGAUCCAGAGUGGCCAGUCCCUGGUGGCACUGGGUGAGCACUGGCACCUGGGCUGCUUCAAGUGCUCGGCCUGCGGGCAGCCGCUGAGUGCGGAAUUCAUCAGCAGGGACGGACUGCCCUACUGCGAGACUGACUACCACUCCAAGUUCGGCAUCCGCUGUGACGGCUGCAACAAAUACAUCACCGGGCACGUGCUGGAGGCUGGUGAGAAGCACUACCACCCACAGUGUGCACUGUGUGUCCGCUGUGGACGUGUGUUCUCUGAGGGCGAGGAGAUGUACCUGCAAGGCUCCUCCGUCUGGCACCCGGCCUGCCGCCAGCUGGCCCGCAGUGAGGACAGGAGCAAGGAGACCAGGACCUCGUCUGAGAGCAUCGUCUCCUUGCCUGCCUCCAGCACCUCAGGGUCCCCCAGCCGCAUCAUCUGUGCCAAGCUGGGCGACAAGGCCCUGGACUACAGGGACCUGGCGGCACUGCCCAGGAGCAAGGCCAUCUAUGACAUCGACCGGCCAGACAUGAUCUCCUACUCGCCCUACGUCAGCCACGCGGCCGACAGGCAGGGCUAUGAGGCCGCCCAGGUGCCCUCGCCCACACUGACUGAGGGGGACCUGGAUGACCGCUCCUACAAGCAGUGCCGGACCUCCAGCCCCAGCUCCACGGGCUCCGUCAGCCUGGGGCGUUACACGCCCACCUCACGGUCACCCCAGCACUACAGUCGCCCAGCUGGUACCAGUGUGGGUACCAGCAGCUGCCUCUCCCUGUCCCAACACCCAAGCCCCACCUGUACCUCCCGGCAUCGUUACAUCCCCUACUUCCCAGGGAGCGAAAGCGGCCGCAGCACCCCCAGCCUCUCGGCCCCAGACGGCAAGCCCCCCCACUCCACCUACCAGCAGGCCCCCCGCCACUUCCACGUCCCAGACACGGGCUGCAAAGACAACAUCUACAGGAAGCCGCCCAUCUACAGGCAGCACGGCCCACUGGUGCGGUGCCCCGGGUCCCGGCUCUCGGGCCUCAUGUCAGCCUUGUCCCUGGUGGCACGUGAGGUGGGGAGCUCCAGGAGGCUCACGGGUCCCAGCCCCUUGCGGCCAGCAGCCUGCAGGCCAGUAGAUACGGAGGACAGCAGCUUCCACCAGGACAGCCAGAAGAAGAGCAGCUGGCUGACCCUGAAGGGGGACGCGGUAACCAGGACGGACUCCCCAGAGUCGGACAGCCGGCCCGUGUCCCAGGGCAGCGGGAGGGACAGAGACACGCCCCCGGCCACGCGUGGGGACAGCUUGUACUCACGCUGUCCUUACUCCAGUCCUGAGCCUCCCCUGGGACACGGGAAGAAUGGCCUGGACCACCAGAACGCCACCGUGGCUCCCUGCGGAGGGGACACAAACACUGGCUGGGGCCCACGAGAAUACAAGGUAAGCAGGACCAGCCACACCUGCCCAGGUGAAGCCUCCCUCCUUUUUUUGUUUGUUUGCUGUGAGGUGGGGGUGUCCCCUGCAGGCACAGGUAUGUCCCCACCCAUCCCCUUGGCCUGCCCCCCCCGCCCUUACCCCUGCCCAGGAGGGCUCCGGCACCCUGUCCCUGUCCCUGUCCCUGCAGAUCUAUCCCUACGAGACCCUCAUCGUCACCAACAGAAUCCGUGUGAAACUCCCCAAAGACGUGGACAGGACGAGGCUGGAGAGGCACUUGUCGCGCCCCGAGUUCCGGGAGGUGUUCCGCAUGAGUGAAGAGGAGUUUGAGCGCCUGGCCCUGUGGAAACGCAACGAGCUGAAGAAGAAAGCUCUGCUCUUCUGAGGGGAUGGACGGGACCCCGUCCCCCCUCCGCCGCCCCCCCUGCAGGCCCCACCACUCUGCCCUCCCCCCCUGCACAGCCCAGGUGGGUGGGGGCGCCUGGCCCUGGGCCGUCUCUGGGGAACCUGUGCCCCCCCUUCGGCCCCUGCACUGCACCCCCAGCCCCCCAGGCCUCAGAGGUCUGCGCUCCACAGGGAAGCUUAAUUUUGUUAAGAAGCAGAGUGUACGCCACGGCCUCCUCCACCCGUCUGUCCACCCCGGCUGAGUCUGGGCCUCUCCCAGCCCCAAGGGCCUCUGAAAAGCAGCACCCCCACCUCCCAGUCGUGUGAGCACCCCCACCCUCCGUGGGUCACCCCUCUGAUGGCCAAGCCCCCCAAAUAAAGGGACCCCGCUCCCUC